UUCAAAUGGCUUCCAAGGAAAACUAAAAACCAGUCUCCAUUUCAACAACCACAACUGAAAAACUCCAUCAAGUUUUCCACUUUGGUCCUCAGUCUCAUUCUUCAUUCUCUUUAGCUUCUUGGGUUUCUCUUGUUUUCCUCAUUUGCGUUGUUUUUUGUUUUGUUUUGUUUUUUUUUUUUUUUUUGGGGGUGAUGAAGUGAGUUUGAGAAGAAGUGAGAUUUGGGGUUGAAAAAAAAAAGGAAAAAAAAAAAGAAAAGGAAAAAAUGGUUGGUACGGCAACAAAAAAUGGAAGAACAAGACAAGCGUUUUCUUUGGUAAAUGGAGGAUACGACAUGAGUCCAAGUAGUGCUCCGCCGAGUAAUGCUGGUUCAGAAUGUGGUGGUACUGAGUUUACUAGAGAAGAUGUUGAAGCUUUGUUGAGGGAGAAGCCCAAAAGGAAGGACAAGUUUAAUCUCAAGGAAAAAUGUGAUCUUUUGACUGAGUACAUAAAAAGGCUAAAACUUUGCAUCAAAUGGUUCCAAGAGCUUGAGACAAGCUAUGUAUUUGAGCAAGAGAAGUUACAGAAUAGGUUGGAGAAGGCUGAGAUGAAAUGCGGCGAAACCGAAAUCCAACUGAGAAAUAAGGAAGAAGAACUGAAUUCCAUAAUUCAAGAGCUCAGGAAGAAUUAUGCUUCUUUGCAAGAGAAAUUCGAGCAAGAAGAAUGCGAUAAAUUGGAAGCAAUGGAUACACUCACAAAAGAAAGGCAUGCCAGACUCGACAUUGAGAGAUCGCAGAAUAGCCUCUCGGAAGAGCUUGGGCGAGCUCAGCGAGAGCUCUCAAGUGCUAAUCAAAAGAUAUUGUCGCUUAAUGACAUGUACAAGCGGUUGCAAGAUUACAUUGCUAGUUUACAGCAAUACAACAGUAAGCUACACACAGACCUCUCUACUGUUGAGGACGACCUUAAGCGCAUAGAAAAAGAGAAGGCUAGUAUGACGGAGAACCUAAACAAUUUAAAGGGUCAGCUAACAAUGUGCAAAGUAUCUCAUGAUGAGGCUGUAAAGCAGAGGGAUGCUUUGGUCAAUGAAGCCGCGGGCCUUAAAAUGGAGUUGCAACAGGUCAGAGAUGAUCGUGACCGCUUGAUACUCCAAGUGCAGAAUUUAACAGACGAAGUCGUGAAAUAUAAGGAAUAUACGGAGAAUUCUUGUUCUGAAUUGGAUACCCUGACAGAAAAAACAAAUCAACUAGAGGAUAAAUGUUUUUCACAAAGUAACGAGAUAAGUACAUUGAAGGACCAACUAAUGAAUGCGCAAGAGAAACUUCAGGUGACAGUGUCCGACAUAUCUGUAUUGGAGACAAAAACAGAAUAUGAAGAACAGAAAAGGCUCAUAAGUGAAUUACAAAGUCGCCUGGUGGAUGCGGAAUUUAAACUUGUUGAAGGAGAGAUGCUGCGCAAAAAGUUACAUAAUACCAUUCUGGAACUGAAAGGCAACAUUCGGGUAUUCUGUAGAGUGCGACCAUUGUUGCCCGAUUAUGGUUCUUUUGGUGAAGGGAAGGUUAUCUCUUAUCCCGCAUCAAUGGAAGCUCUGGGCCGUGGCAUUGAUUUGGUGCAAAGUGGGCAAAAACAUUCUUUCACGUUUGACAAAGUUUUCAUGGCUGAGGCGUCACAAGAGGAUGUCUUUGAAGAAAUUUCACAGCUUGUUCAAAGUGCACUUGAUGGUUACAAGGUCUGCAUUUUUGCCUACGGGCAAACGGGUUCAGGCAAAACUUAUACCAUGAUGGGUAAACCAGGACAGCCUGAGCAAAAAGGGUUGAUACCUCGUUCGUUGCAACAAAUAUUUCAAACUAGACAAUCACUUCUGUCACAAGGUUGGAAAUACGAAAUGCAGGUUUCGAUGCUGGAGAUAUACAACGAGACCAUUCGCGAUUUGCUAUCUACAAAUAGAUCAUCCCUAGAUCUUUUGCGAUCAGAAAAUGGUAUCGGUGGUAAGCAAUACACUAUCAAACAUGAUGCGAACGGGAACACACAUGUAUCUGAUCUUACAAUUGUGGAUGUUCGUAGUGCUAGAGAGGUCUCCUAUCUUUUAGACCGGGCUGCACAAAGCAGAUCUGUAGGCAAGACCCAAAUGAAUGAACAAUCAUCAAGAAGUCACUUUGUUUUCACACUACGCAUAUCUGGUGUUAAUGAGAGCACUGAACAACAAGUACAAGGUGUCUUGAAUCUCAUUGAUCUUGCCGGGAGUGAGCGCCUUUCUAAGAGCGGCUCUUCUGGGGACCGUCUGAAAGAAACCCAAUCAAUCAAUAAAAGUCUGUCGUCCUUAAGCGACGUCAUAUUUGCCUUGGCGAAGAAAGAGGAUCACGUACCUUUUAGAAACUCAAAGCUUACAUAUCUUCUUCAGCCAUGCCUUGGAGGUGACUCAAAGACUCUCAUGUUUGUGAACAUCUCUCCUGAACUCUCCUCUGCAGGCGAGUCGCUCUGCUCGCUUCGUUUUGCUUCUCGCGUAAAUGCUUGCGAGAUUGGUGUUCCGCGGCGUCAAACCAACAUCCGGUUUUCAGAGUCGCGAUUGAGCUACGGUUGAUCUUCAGUGGUAUAGUUAUAUUGAGAGAAAAAAAAUAUAUUCUAAGCAUAUCAAUGCUCUGCAUCUGCAUCACUAGUAUUAGAGAGUGAAGUUCCAGAGUGAUUCUAACAUAGGUGUAUUUGUACAGUGAGCAAAAUACCAUGUUGUACUAAAUACCAUUGGAAGGUUUGAUUUUCUAAUUUCUGGAAAUCUAAUGAGCUUAAUUUCUUCAACAAUGUCCUUAAUGCUUUUGGCUGCCUUUAAUUUAGGCUUGUACGCAGUUCGGUUUUCUGCAGAGGCAGAACCGAAGCUGCGACAGUUGGAAAUGCCUAACCGAAACCGACUGUCAUGUGUAGCGGUUGGUUCGGUUUUCAAACUGAAAACAGUCGGUUCCCUUGGAUUAGUUGGAAUUUGGUGUCAUUUGCCUCGCCGGUUAUUUUGAUUGUGGCAGUUUUCAUGUACAAGGCUUUUCUAUAAUUGAUGAAGU